AUGUUACUACUACCAUCUAUAACUCAACACUUCAAAGCGGCCAACCACAUCACAACAUGGUACACAAAUUAUCAAUUACUACUCAAAUCACGACCUUACCUUUCCAACACCGUCACCGCUGCUGGCCUCAUGCUCCUCGGGGACGUCCUCGCACAACGGGAAAAGAAGCUUACCACCGUCGAGGUGAAGUACGACCCGUAUCGAACUCUCGCCAUGGUCAUCAGCACCGCCCUCGUAACUCUGCCGUACGUACCCUUUAUGCGUUUCCUGGACAGAGUCUUCCCCAACACGUUCAUAGGAGCUCUUCAAAAGAGUAUACUUAACGCCUCCACGGCAGCAGUGGUGAGUAACUCGUGGAUCGUAUAUACAAGUACUACUAUGGACGCUCUCCUCAAGGGGGAAACUGUGGUCAAUGCGAAACGGCUGGGGAAAACCGCGCUCGCCCAAAGGAUUCUCGGCGUGGCCGCUGCGGAGGUGCUAUUGAUGAUCGCACUGAUAAUCUUCACCUGCGGCGCCUGGUCGAACAACGGACCGGUGCUUCAGUGGCUGACAGUCCUCAUCUUUUUCUUCUCAGUUUACAUCACCGAUUUGGUAUUUUUCCCGGUUGAUAAGAACUUCAUCCACGACCCUUUUUAUUCCACAUAUUCGAAGCUCACAGAUCCUCACUACGAGACCAACCCCUACAACUAG